AUGGUACAGAAAGUCGACGAUACCUUCUACUCGGUGCGCUUCAAGUACGGCACCCACACCAUCUUGCUGUUCGUCGACAGCCAGCAGAGCUUCUCCGAAAUCACAACAACACUGCUUGAGAUCCUGCGCGACCGAUUCCCCGACGGCCUCACCAUCAACCACACCUCUCCCGAGACGACGCCCCUGCCAGAUGGCGACGUCGAGCUUGCCUACGCCCUUCCCGUGAAUGCGAACGAUCUGACACAAGGAUGGAAGAACAUCAAGGUCAAGGACAACGACAUCCCGGUUGCCAAGGGUCUGCGCGAUAACUGCACCGUCGCCUUCUCCUUUGAUGUCGACGAGCCUGAAUUUGUUGUCGACGUGCCCAGUCUGGACGAGGAUAUUGAGGAGGAAGAGGGCAUGGGCUCUGAUGCAUGA